AUGUGUGAGAAACGUACCAGAAAAUUUAAAAAAGGUUCCAGUGUAACCAGGCUACGAGAGGCGAGACGUCAUCAGAGGCUGCAAUGGUUAGCUUCUCCUGUGGUAACCGAAGAGGCUCCAGUCGUUGUUACCCAAGCAUUGCCUGAUAAGGCCGCACAAAACCGCCUGAUCCUAAACCUUGCAUGGAAAACCCUCAUUCUAAUGCAGAAGAACCGUCUUAUUCAGGAAAAAAUCGUGGCUCUUCAAAAGGAAACAUCGGAAUUCGUAUCGGCUAUUAUGAGGAAUCCAGAAAAUAAGAGACGCUAUUUAGAAUAUGUACGUCUUUACAACGCAGGUCAGUUGCCAGACUUGAAAAAGGAAAUAGAAUCAAAAAUAUAUUUAAAAAGAGAUCCCGAAUAA